AUGAGGAUGAAGAUGGAGAGGGGGGUGAGGAAGACCAAUCUGAAGCCCAUGAAAAUGACUUUGAUGACUGCAAAUGCAACGACGUCAUCACAUGAUGAAAAAGGCAAGGAGAAGUUGGACGACAUGUCAACGGUUCGGAACCUGCACACCAAAGAGAAGACCUUUUUCACUGUCUUCAUCAGCAGGAGCUCGUACCUGACCCACCAGAGAAUCCACACCGGCGAGAAGCUCUACCAGUGCAAGUACUGCGGGAAAAGCUUCUCCGUGUCCGAGAACUGUCUGCGUCAUGAGUGCAUCCAUCCGGGGGAGAAGCCGUACCGCUGCUGGUUCUGCAACCUGACCUUCGUGACGGUGUCGGCCCACAUGGUGCAUGAGCGCGUCCACAUCGGCGAGAGGCUGUACGGCUGCAAGCGGUGCGGCAAGACGUUCGCUCAGAUCGGAAACUACAAGACGCACUUGAACACUCACACCAAGGAGAAGAUCUACUUCUGCAACCGGUGCCAGAAGGUCUUCUCCUCGGUGAGCACGUACCUGCGGCAUGAGUACGUCCACACGGCGGCCAAAUGCUAUGUCUGCAAUCGCUGCGAGAAAACCUUCACCCAUCUGUCCCUGUUCCAAACACACAAGCUCGUGCACACGGGAGUGAAAGCCCACGCCUGUGUCCUCUGCGACAAACGCUUCUACACAGCCGGAGAUCUCUGCAAACAUAGGCGCAUCCACACCAGAGAGAAGCCGUACUGGUGUGGCAAGUGCAACAAGGAGUUCACCUGGAAGUCCCAGGAGAAGAACCACAGAUGUGUCCAGGAUGGUGUGGAAUAA